AUGGCAGCCGUAGCUCAGCACUUUCACCGCCAGGAGCGACAUGCCCAGGAAGAUGCCAAGCGGAGAAAGCUCCGGGAGGAUUUGGAAGGUCGCGAAUCAGCAGCCAAUGCUCGCAGUCAAGCGUACAAGCGAGCGCAGGAGGAUGCGGAGGCAGCACGUGGCAAACUGGCGCGAAAAAAGUACCUCCAGCAGGACAUGGCGCAGAGGAUCAAGGCCAAAGAAGCUGAAUUGGCUCAGAAGCAACAGGAGGUGGCCGCGUCGGUGGCCGAAGCCCGGGACACCGCGCUGGACUCCCGCCUUCGUGUCACGUGGCGAGGCGUUGCCCCAGGGGUAGAGACCAUCCGGCAGGAACUGGCAGAGUUUGAGCUGAUUUCCAUGGAAGUUGGUGAGUCAGCUGCAAUCGUUCAGUUGGGCAGCCGCGAAAUGGCCUUGAGGGCUGUGUUGGAAUGCAAGUCGAAGAAGAACUCCAUGCCCUUCAAAGUGGCCUUGGCGCCCAAGGAGGUCGAGGAGCCGGUGAGCCAGGUGAAGGAAACUCCAAAGAAAGGCCGGCGAAGUUGA